AUGUAUGGAAGUGCAAGAACAAUCAGCAACUUAGAAGGAAGUCCCUCCAGGUCUCCUCGUUUGCCAAGAUCUCCUCGCCUGGGCCACAGGCGAACAAAUAGCGGAGGAGGAGGAGGAACAGGUAAGACACUAUCAAUGGAGAACAUCCAGUCCCUUAAUGCAGCCUAUGCAACAUCUGGACCAAUGUAUCUGAGUGAUCAUGAAGGUGUAGCUUCUACUACUUUCCCAAAGGGCACAAUGACUCUUGGAAGGGCUACAAAUCGAGCUGUAUAUGGUGGUCGAGUCACAGCUAUGGGGAGCAGUCCUAAUAUUGCUUCAGCUGGACUUUCCCACACAGAUGUCCUUUCUUAUACUGAUCAGCAUGGAGGUCUGACUGCAUCUUCACACCAUCAUCACCAUCAGGUUCCUUCGAUGCUGAGACAGGUUAGAGAUAGUACUAUGUUAGACCUGCAGGCUCAGCUUAAGGAACUGCAGAGGGAGAAUGAUCUUCUGAGAAAAGAACUAGAUAUUAAGGACAGCAAGCUGGGAUCCUCCAUGAAUAGCAUCAAAACUUUCUGGAGUCCUGAGCUAAAGAAAGAGAGAGUAUUGAGGAAAGAAGAAGCAGCCAGAAUGUCAGUUCUUAAAGAGCAAAUGAGAGUUUCCCAUGAAGAAAAUCAGUUUUUGGAUGCCAGGAGAACAAAGCAUCUGCAAAUGACAAUCCAGGCACUUCAGGAUGAGCUUAGAACCCAGAGAGACCUUAACCAUCUUCUCCAGCAAGAAAGUGGAAACCGAGGAGCUGAGCAUUUUACCAUUGAGCUCACAGAGGAGAAUUUUCGAAGACUUCAAGCAGAACAUGAUAGACAGGCUAAAGAACUCUUCCUCUUGAGAAAAACUCUGGAAGAGAUGGAGCUAAGGAUUGAAACACAAAAGCAAACACUAAAUGCUAGAGAUGAAUCAAUAAAAAAGCUUUUGGAAAUGUUGCAAAGUAAAGGUUUACCAUCCAAAGGAAUGGAAGAUGACAAUGAGAGAACUCGAAGGAUGGCAGAGGCUGAAUCUCAGGUUAAUCAUUUAGAAGUGAUUUUAGACCAGAAGGAGAAGGAAAACAUCCAUCUUAGAGAGGAAUUACAUAGAAGAACCCAACUACAGCCUGAGCCAGCAAAGACAAAAGCUCUUCAGACAGUUAUUGAAAUGAAGGAUACAAAAAUAGCUUCACUUGAACGCAAUAUAAGAGAUCUGGAAGAUGAGAUACAGAUGUUAAAGACCAAUGGGGUUCUGAAUACAGAGGACCGAGAAGAAGAAAUCAAACAAAUAGAGGUUUACAAGAGUCACUCAAAGUUCAUGAAAAAUAAGAUUGACCAACUGAAACAAGAACUCUCUAAGAAAGAAUCAGAACUUCUUGCCUUACAGACUAAGCUUGAAACCCUUAGCAAUCAGAAUUCAGAUUGCAAGCAACACAUUGAAGUGCUUAAAGAGUCACUUACUGCCAAAGAACAGAGAGCUGCCAUACUUCAGACAGAGGUUGAUGCCUUGAGGUUACGAUUGGAAGAAAAAGAAACCUUUCUCAAUAAAAAAACAAAACAACUUCAAGACCUCACAGAAGAGAAAGGAACACUGGCUGGAGAGAUUCGAGAUAUGAAAGAUAUGUUGGAAGUAAAAGAAAGAAAAAUUAAUGUCCUUCAGAAAAAGAUUGAAAACCUACAGGAACAACUUAGGGACAAAGACAAACAACUAACCAAUCUAAAAGACAGAGUGAAAUCAUUGCAGACGGAUUCUAGUAACACAGACACAGCACUAGCAACCUUAGAAGAAGCUCUGUCAGAGAAGGAAAGAAUAAUAGAGCGCUUGAAGGAGCAAAGGGAACGAGAUGACAGAGAAAGACUUGAAGAAAUUGAAUCUUAUAAAAAAGAAAAUAAGGACCUGAAGGAGAAAGUUAAUGCUUUACAGGCUGAACUGACAGAAAAAGAGUCUAGUUUAAUCGAUCUCAAAGAACAUGCAUCUUCAUUGGCAUCAGCAGGGCUGAAAAGAGACUCCAAACUUAAGUCUUUAGAAAUAGCCAUAGAACAAAAGAAAGAAGAGUGUAGUAAGUUGGAAGCACAAUUGAAAAAGCAAGCUGAACAGUUGUUCAAUCAGAUGUACAAUCCAAUGCCAAUUAGGAAUAAUGGGAAGCAAGGGGCUCAUGAAGCUGAAGAGGAGGCACGGAUGAAUCCAGAAUUUGCAGACAGAAUGAAACAACUUGACAAAGAGGCUUCAUACUAUAGAGAAGAAUGUGGCAAAGCUCAGGCUGAAGUUGACAGACUUCUAGAAAUACUCAAGGAAGUAGAGAAUGAGAAGAAUGACAAAGAUAAGAAAAUUGCUGAGUUAGAAAGCUUGACUUCCAGACAUAUGAAGGACCAAAACAAGAAGGUUGCCAAUCUGAAGCACAAUCAGCAAAUGGAGAAAAAGAAGAAUGCACAGUUGUUGGAAGAAGUUCGUAGACGAGAGGAUAAUAUGAUGGACAACUCUCAACAUUUACAAGUAGAAGAACUGAUGAAUGCCUUGGAAAAGACUAGACAAGAGUUAGAUUCUACCAAAGCCCGUCUUGCCUCAACACAGCAGUCUUUGGCUGAGAAGGAAGCGCAUCUGGCUAACCUAAGAAUAGAGCGGAGAAAACAGCUUGAAGAAAUUCUAGAAAUGAAACAGGAAGCAUUGCUUGCUGCAAUUAGUGAAAAAGAUGCAAACAUUGCCUUGCUUGAACUGUCUGCUUCAAAGAAAAAGAAGACUCAGGAGGAAGUAAUGGCUCUUAAACGAGAGAAGGACAGAUUAGUACAUCAGUUAAAACAGCAGACACAAAACAGAAUGAAACUGAUGGCAGAUAAUUAUGAUGAUGAUCAUCACCACUACCACCACCACCACCAUCACCACCACCACCGAUCUCCUGGGAGGCCACAACACUCCAACCACAGACCCUCUCCAGACCAGGCAGAAGAUUUCUCUGUGUCUAGUGUGUGUCCUCAGUAUUUCUGA